AUGAUAACGAAAAAACCGAAAUUCCCAUGCUACUAUUCGCCUCCGGAUAGGACUAGUGAAUUAGCUACACGGAUUGUUGGAGGUCAUGUCAUGUCUGUUUCCAUUAUUGGAUUAUGUUUUAACAUUGUAUUAUUUUUCCAUUUUUUAUCUUUGGAAAAAUUGAGUUUCUAUAUUUUGUGCACGUCGAAAACAGUUUCAAAUUCAAUGUCACUAUUGGUAUAUUUGUGUUAUAUUGGACCGGUGAACUUGUUUUUCACUCACAUCGGCUCCACAUUUUUCAAUUCUCGAAUUCAGCAAGUUUUCGGACUUGGUCUGUUUAUCCAAGGUCCCAUGACCCAAAUGAUAAUCACUGUGAACCGUUUCCUCGUUAUCAUGUUCUCUCCAACCUCAGUUCCAAAGUACAGUACGCAUAUUACUGUAGCUGCUCUGUCUCUCACUUGGCUGGCUGGCAUCUGGUGGUCCACAAUUCCCGGCUUUGAAGAUAACUGCUUUGUUCCGUUUACUUUUGAUCAUGUUGGAUUUUAUUUUACCGAAUGUAAUCAGAAAAUUGUUGUUUGGGUGGCAUGUAUCAUUGUAUCAUUGGCUGUUUUCAAUAACACUAUGAACAUCGUGUUGGGUAUCAAAUUAGCCAUUUCAGCAAAAAAAAUGCGUGGAAUCUCAUCGGAAGUCGCUAGAAAUCGGAGCCGUCAAACCACUCGAUUUUUCAUCCAAUCGUGUAUUCAAGACUGGUUAACUGCACUGGUCUGUGGCACGAACAUUAUUUCCGUUGAGCUGCUAUGCCCAAAUAAUGCGUUUAUGCAUUUGACCACUUUUGCAGUGGAUUCAAUGAGCUAUACUGUGGACGGUAAAGUUUUUUCAAGAAUGGCCCAGUAUCUAUACAAAAACUGGAUGGCUAGAUUGGAAACUGUGCACGAAUAG